GAAUAUUUUAGUGAUAAAGCUAAAGGAACAAUAUAGUGCUAGUCACAGAGGGCGUUGGGGUGUUGUUGACAUCCCCAGUCCAGCAGCGUCGACUCUCCUCCCAAGGCUAACAGAGAAGCGCUUAACGCAAUCUGACUUACACCUCACUGGCAUGAUGAGUGGGGAUGAAGUGAUGAAGGACAUGAAGGAGCGAGCUAAGCUGCGUCGUCAACUCCUGGCCCAGCAGCUGGGAGUAGUGAGUGCAGACAAGUUGGGUCAGGCUCUAGGUAACACUGGGAAGCUCCAAGAUGACCAAGAACGUAUUAGGAGACUCAGAAGGUCUCGACAGCAAGAGGAACUUGAGGGAGAAGAAGCAGCUAAUAUGGUGUAUACAGAUUCAUCGACAUUCCUUAAGGGCACGCAGUCAGCCAACCCUCAUAAUGACUACUGUCAGCACUUUGUCGAUACCGGUCAGCGCCCACAGAAUUUCAUUAGAGAUGUUGGUCUGGCCGACAGAUUUGAAGAAUACCCAAAACUUCGAGAACUAAUCAAACUAAAGGAUGAUUUAAUAGCCUCAACUGCAACUCCUCCCAUGUACCUCCAAACUGACCUUCAGACUUUUGAUCUACGUGAACUACCAACCAAAUUUGAUGUAAUUCUGGUAGAGCCGCCAUUGGAAGAAUAUCAGCACACAGGUGUAAACAACGUGCAGUUCUGGGACUGGCAGAAGAUCAUGGACUUGGAUAUUGCCCAGGUUGCUGCUCCACGUAGCUUUAUUUUCUUGUGGUGUGGAUCUUCAGAAGGCUUGGAUCUCGGCCGUCAGUGUCUCCGCAAGUGGGGUUUUCGACGCUGUGAAGAUAUCUGUUGGAUACGUACCAACAUCAACAAUCCUGGACAUUUGAAGAAUCUUGAACCAAAAGCUGUAUUUCAGCGAACAAAGGAACAUUGUCUAAUGGGAAUUAAAGGAACAGUUCGGCGGUCAUCUGAUGGAGAUUUCAUCCAUGCAAAUGUUGACAUUGAUCUCAUCAUAUCAGAAGAAGCUGAAUAUGGAUCACUUGAGAAGCCAGUGGAGAUAUUUCAUAUCAUCGAACAUUUCUGCCUCGGUCGUCGCAGGUUGCACGUAUUUGGCCGUGACAGUACCAUUCGUCCUGGCUGGUUGACCCUAGGACCAGGUCUCACCAGCAGCAACUUUGAUCCUGACGUGUAUGCUGGUUACUUUACGAAUGGCCAGAUCACAACGGGUUGCACCGAGCGUAUUGAGGCCUUGCGGCCAAAGUCUCCACCUCCAAAAGUAAAGGGAGGCCCAGGUGGAAGAGGUCGAGGUGGAAUGUCAUCACGUGGAAGCUUCACCCGUGGGCGAGGACGAGCAAGAUAACCAAUUCUCCCCUGUGGUUUGAGUGUUCUCCUGCCACUUCUCUUGAGGAUGCUACAAAGUGCAUCCAUAAUGCCUUUGAUACUAUAAAUAACUAUUUUUAUUAUUGUAUGUUAGAAAUUCCAUAGAGGUUAUAAUGAUAUACGUUAAGGUGAUUUGGCUAAUUUUAUUAUGCUUAUAUGACAUUUUUAUAUCAAAUUCUGUAAAGGAGCUCUGAGGCUCUUGUUGUUAUGACUUAACUUAAAUUUAUGAAACAGGACCUCUCUGACUAUUGACAUUUUCAUGAUUUUUCACUUUUGCAAGGCCAUUCCUGUCAGGGUUGGAAUCAAGAUUAACGUAGGCUACUUCAUUAGCUGUCAGUUGUUCGUGGUUGCUGCCUUACCAGAUGUGUUCUGCUGUGGUUUCUUUCUUUUAUAACAGGGCCCUAUGGUUUACUUGUGUUGCUUCUCACAUUGCAACAACACAAAAGUUACUAUUGAUUUUUCUAUUAUUUUGACAGUUUCAGAAGUCGCCACCUGGAGUUAACCUAGAUGAAAACAGUGUGCCCUAUGAACAAGAGCUAUUGUUAGUUAUUCCAGACUACCUCUUUAACAGUUUCAUUCACCAAAUUACAGAUGUAAAGUUAGUAAAUAAAUUAUUAAGUGCUGG